GCAUCUAUUCGAUAAUUACUGCUUUGUGUUUUUUGUCCUUCUUUUCGGCUUCAGUAGACUGGUUCUGCUGCUGGGAUUGCCUCUAAUCGCCAUUCAUUUUGUCACUCGCUUUGGGUCAAGACUGGAUCUUACCUCACCUUCGUUACGCGUGCUCAUUGAUCAGUGUUUGUCUAAUUCGCGAUUGAGCCGGAUCUCUAUCCCUUCCCACUUUCGUUCCUGCAGCAAUAAUAGUUCAGGUUUUACCUUGGUAAUUGAACUUGUUGACCACGCGCCCACCACCACGACACACCUCAAAGUUACUUGGACACCAUGCGCUUCACUCAGAUCUUUGCCGUGCUUGUCAGCAUUGCUGGCGUCUCGAGUGCCUUGCAGCAAGUCGCUCCUCGCGAUGGAUCUUCCAACGUCGGUCUCGCUGAGCGCGACGAAGCCCUGGCAGAAAUCCUCGCAAGGGCUGCGGACCUCCUGAGCGGAAGCCACCAGCUUGAUGCACGCAAGGGCAAGAAAGCUCCUGCGAAGUCGCCUGACAAGGCUCCUGCCAAGGCGACCACAUCGGCGGCGGCGGCGCCUGUCCGGCCGACGACUUCUGUCGCCGCCCCGCCACCCCCGACGACGUCUGUCGCUGCCCCGCCGCCCCCGACAACUUCUGUCGCCGCCCCGCCACCCCCGCCGACGUCUGCAGCGCCGACCACGUCUGUGUCCUCGAGCGCGGUCACAUCCAUUCCUACUACGUCGAUCCCCACGACCCUGGCUACCGUCACUACUAGUGCCUUGCCUUCUUCGGAGGUAGUCAGCGAGCCGGCUGCAGAGUCGACAUGUACGCCAAAUGCUAAGAAAGGGCGGGGGCUCUUCGGAUUGGGAAAGCCGAGCGACGGCUGUUCCGAUGGUCCUGGAAUCUCGUUGCCUAUGUUCCCUAUUGGAGGAGGUGAUAACAGCACUGGAACUGUUUUCAAGAGGAACUAG